UAUGCAGCAGCACAGCCACCAACCUCGGCCUCGACGGUUCAAUGACGGUCCGGUGCCCACCGGGCUGCGCCCAAGCCGGCUACAUGGUCUACGGAACACGGCUCUACAAACCGGACUCAAACAUCUGCGCGGCCGCUAUUCACUCGGGCGUCAUUGAGAACGAGAUCGGAGGAGAUGUGACUUUGCUGAAGACACUGCCACAGAAAGCCUACAACAGCUCCGCCUGUAACGGAAUCGUCUCGAAAGUAUAUGUUAACAAAUUGGCUCCGUCUCCGUCUUACACUUUUGCUGCCACGGAGCCGAGAUGCUUGGGACCUGAAUGGGAGGAGUUUGCGGACUUCUGCUACAAACGUUUUGAUGAUACAAAGAAGUGGUACGACGCUCGACACUCCUGCCGGGGUCUCGAUGCCAAUCUGGUGUCCAUUCGCUCCGAGGCUGAGCGGGAUUGGCUGCAGGACCUCUUGAAGUCUGCCCCCGGAGACACGUGGACCGGACUGAACGACCUGUUCAAUCGCGGCAGAUUCGUGUGGUCGGACCGCCAGAAGGUGACGACCUUCACCAACUGGGCACCUCCGGGAAAACCUACCGGCCUGAUGGAGAAUUGCGUGGCCACCUUGAGCCAGUCUGGCAAAUGGAAGAAGAUGUCCUGCAUGGAAUUAAACGGCUACGUGUGCAAGAUGCCCACAGCGCGUUACGCGCGGGAUAUAAAAGGCGCCAAUGGAAGUUGCGAGUAAUCAUGUGAAUGCAAUUGACCUUGCAUGAUCAUUCUGCUUGGUUUACCAUGCAUUUUGAUUGACUGAUUGAUUUACCAUGCAUUCUUAUGAUUGAUUUACCAUGCAUUAGUCGUCUUGUUAGUUACCAUGUGUUAUUAUUCU